AUGUUGAGCUUUGUCAUAUUUUUCGUUGCAUUGGAGCUUUUUGGCUGCGGCCUAGCUCAAGUGCCGUCGCGUUACUAUUUGCCCCCGGCAGCAGGUGAAAGUCCUACAACGCCAGCUCCGAUAAUUACCAAGCAGUUCUACACCGUUUCGGCAGCAGAAGAUUCAGAUGAGCUGCAGCCACGCACCAAGCAUCUGGUAAUUGGGCGUGCGACGCAAAACUAUCGUGUCAUCUUCAUACGUGCGCCCAGUGCCCACAACGAGGCAGUAAGGUAUACGGCUGAGCUGGCACCGCAGGAGGAGCGCACAGUCAUCUAUGUGCUGAGCCGCAAGCAGCCUGAGCUGGAGUCGCAAGACAUUCAAACGCCCCAACAGCAGCUGCAGUCUUCGGCAAAGCCCGACGUCUUCUUUAUCAGAUACAAGACCAACGAGGAGGCGGCCGCUGCCCAGCGUGAGAUUCAAACGCAGUACGACAAGCUCGGCGGCAACUCGGAACAUGCGGCGCCCUACGUGGCGCCAGUGCAGUCUGUCAUUGGCGCCUCAGAGCCCGCAAUGCCGCAAGCAGAUUCAGCUAAUGAGGGCCAGCUGGGCUACGACUAUCGGCGACCGACAACGCGCUUUCAUUAA